UCAAAAUUUGUGUUUGUUCCGUAAUGAAAUAAAAUAUUAGUAGGAAAGGGACAUUAAAAAAUAAGAAUUUUUCAAUUUAAAACGUAUUUUGUUGUCAGGAUGUAUUUUUCGAAUACGGUGUUGUUAUUUGUGACUUAGAUUAAGGUAUGAGUCAGAGUACAGCGGACGUAAGAGACUUUGAGGAACGAUAUUCAGCAUGCUUCGUAGAUUUUGGCCUAAAAUCUGCUGCCGGUCUUCUUAUAGGAAGCAUGGUGGGCAGUUUCUUUCUUCGGGGAUAUAAAAAAUGGCCGAUGUAUAUUGGAGGUGGUCUUGGCUUCGGUUUGGCUUACACCAACUGUGAAAACAGCCUAAACCAGUACCUAAUGUCUAUGGAUCCGAAAGCAUGUAAAAUAAAAAAAACCGCGUAACAUGCUGUCUCCUGGAC